AUGAUAGACGGCUUUCUUGUAUCAUACCCCGCCUUUUACGGAAACUACUUGUACAUCCCCAAAUCUUAUGUCGACAAAACAGAAACCGAAAUCACCAAUUUGUCAGUAAUCGAUGUACUCAGCAAUGUGGGUGGUAUAUACGUUAUUGCAAUAGCUAUUUACCGAUUCUUAUACGGCACAAAUGAAAUAAGUCCAUGGGGUCUGAUCCAAAAUCUGCCGUACAUCCGUCACAGAGUUAGGUCCGUCCUGCACAACAGUCUAAGUCCCAAUAUCCCAUUUACAGGCUCUGCAUUAUCAAAAGAUCUUUCGGCUGACGAGAAAGUUGUAGCAAUAGAACAGAGACAGCUUGUAUUAGAAUUGUUUUUAAAGGAAUACGUUGUGAAUGUAAACAACAUCGCAUACGACAAAAUGUUUGUCAAUACCAGAUUGUAA